GCCAAAGUAGUCAGUCUCGUGGGGUGUUCAGGACGUUCAUGUAUUUCAGCUUCAUCAUGACUGCAUGUCUGCUUUGUGUAGUCCUUAUGUGUUUCCUUCAUGAGAUCAAAGCACAAGCUUUUUCUCAACCUAAACUGAUGGUGGAUCGACCCGUGAUCACAGAAACGGACUUGGUUACAUUAAAGUGUCAGACUCCAGCAUCUGUUUCAGUGACUGAGUGUUAUUUCAAGACUCCAUAUAAAAUUAUCUACAGCGGCUCCUCCUGUACUCGGACACUGACAGGAACUGAACUGCUGUCGAUUGAACAAAGACAAUCCCCCGCUGACAUUAGAGUGAGAUGUUAUUACAGUGGGAGGAAUGGAGGUAUUACUUCUAAAUCUGCAGACAGUGAUGCGUCCACCAUCAAAAUAAACAACCUUCUUCAGCCUGAACUGACAGUGAAUCCACUGGAGAUCACAGAGACACACUCAGUUACAGUAAACUGUCAGACGCCGUCAGCUGUUCCCGUGGAUAAGUGUUAUUUCCACUUUGGGAAAGGAAAACAGGCCAGAAGCUUCUCUUGUGUGACGAGUCUGACGGGAGCUGAACUGCUGUCUUUCACAGAUCAAACUUUACCUGCUACUGUUGAUGUUACAUGUUUUUACCUUGUGUCUCAUCCAUCUCCAGAGAGUACCAUGUCUACCAUCAUCAUACGAUUUCCUCAACCCGAGCUGGUAGUGAAUCCACGGUGGAUCACAGAGUCGAACAGUCUCACAUUGACCUGUAUGACUCCAUCAUCUGUGUCUGGGGCCGAGUGUCUUUUGUACUUUAUGAAGACAAAAACUUUCAGAACCAUCUCCUGCGUGCAGACGCUGGCGGGUGCAGAUCUUCUGGGGAUGGUGCAGGAGAGCUCACCUGCUGAUGUUCAACUAACAUGUUAUUACACUGUAGAGCAGAGAGGAGCACGAUAUCAGUCUCCACACAGUGAUACCUGUGAGGUGCACAUAGAAAGACUUGAGGAAAAGGCGUCUACAACUACCCAGAUCAUGUCAACCAGUGUGACCAAAGAUUUCCCAAAAGGGAGCACUGGUGUGAUAACGUUUUCCCUUACUUCAGAAUAUCCUGAUACAGGGAGGACUGGUGUGAUAACGUCUUCCCUUACUUCAGAAUAUCCUGAUACAGGCCUGCUUUCAAGUUCACCAAUGGCAGCUGCUGGUUCACCAUCUCCGUCUCCUCCAGCAGUGGAACCAGCAUCAGAUUUUCUAGAAACAUGUUACCUGAGGUUGGCGGCAGUGGUUGGUUUAGUAGUGGCUCUGGGCAUCGUCUUACUGGGAGUGACGCUCAUUUGUUCUACCAGAAGAGGUGGAUUUGCAAAGAGUGAACGAUCUCACAAUAUUAAUGAUCCACCUGCAGCAUUCUGGACUUCUACAAUUUACCACAGUGAAGCCACUCUGAGAAGCAAAAUUUUAAACUAUGAGUGAUUGAUAAAUGAAUCAUCAUAGAUCAAUAUCUUAUGUAUUAUCUACUCUUGAAUGCUGACAUAUCCUUGCAUCUGCUGAAGUUCAUACUGAACUAUUUUCCUUGUUUGUUUGCUCUGAUCUCUACAAUAUAACCCUUCACACACACACCCAAGGGAAAAUAUUAAAAGGC